AUCUGUAUGGUAUAUGUAAGCUAACCUUCGCCGAGAUACAAACGCCUAGAACCGUUUUUGAUACCUUAACUUACUACUCAAUUCAGAUAUCUUUCUGUCGCGACAAGAAGCGCUUUCCUAAAGACUCUUCUUGAAUGAAGGAAAAGGGUCGCUAAAUGAAGGUGUUUAGAGACUAACUAUUUAGAUUAAGAAAACUUUACUAUAUUUGGCCUGCUGACGAACUAUGAGCUACAAAUAACGGAAACAGAUAUUUGAAGUUUCUGCUCCUCUUUACAAGUUUUGAAAAUGGCUUAUUUUGUAAGACAAAGGCACUUGUUUUGACUCAGAUGCCCUUUCAAAUGCUUCUUAACAAAUUAACUAAACCAAGAAAGCACUCCGGCUCUUUUGGGGGUGAGCUCAAUGUAUCGCUUUUGUGUACGCAAGUGAAUGGCGGGUGUUCAGUGCCCCCAUGUGACAUGUCCAACCCUUUUGGCGGUUGCUGAUUGGACGCGAAGGUGUCGAUGCAAUGUGCGUCAAAGGAUUUCAAAGAAGCGCGGUACAUUUCAGUCUCUUGUUACGUAUUUACAAUGUAAUAAAUACGAAAUAGAAGUGAACGCUCAAUCUCCAGAGAUUUUUGAUGAGCAAGCAGCAGAGGAAGACUAAGAAUCUCGAGAGAAACAACUCGCUGGCCGACGAUACCAAACGCUUUCCCCUAAUGGAUUCUUCACCAACUUCUGAACGAAGCAUCACGCCUGAUACCAAGGUCUGGGGUAUUCAAGAUGCAGAUGACAAGCCGAGGUUCGAAGUUUCGAGAGCAACUUUCGAGAAGCACCCGCCUAAUAACCUUCGCAAGAGCAACUUCUUCCACUUUGUUUUGGCGCUGUAUGACCAAAACAAUAAUGCUGUUGAGAUUGAGAAAGGAACUUUCGUUGGGUUUAUUGAGUUUUCAGAGGAUGACAAGAAAAACAGAAACGGUAUCCAUUAUCGACUCAAUUUGGUUUUUGAUGGAGAAGCGAGAGUUGAACAAGACAUAUUUAUAAAGUUGGUCAAUUCGCAGACACGAGAGGUAAUCAUGUAUGAAGGACAAGACAAAAACCCUGAGAUGUGCAAAGUUCUACUAACCCACGAAGUCAUGUGCAGCCGAUGCUGCGAAAAGAAAUCUUGUGGAAAUAGGAAUGAAACGCCUUCGGAUCCGGUCGUGGUCGAUAGAUUUUUUGUGAAGUUCUUCAUGAAGUGCAAUCAGAAUUGUCUGAAAAACGCUGGUAAUCCAAGAGAUAUGCGCCGAUUCCAAGUUGCUGUUUCAACAACACCAGAUUUGAAGGAAAUUCUCGCUUUAUCUGAAAAUAUGUUUGUCCACAACAACUCAAAGCACGGGCGAAGAAGCUCAAAGCGACUAGAACCUUUAGAAAAUCCUCCGCUUAUAAAAGCAAUGAUCCCUUCUGAGGGCUGGACCUCAGGUGGUACCCAGAUCAUCAUAAUCGGUGAGAACUUUUUCGAGGGGAUCCAGAUCAUCUUUGGAAACUGUAUUGUGUGGAGUGUAGAGGUAUUUUCCGCAACGGCACUUAGAGUAGUUGCCCCACCUCGACACAUGCCUGGCAUGGUUGAAGUCAGCAUGGCUUUUGAUUCCAAGCCAUAUUUUCAAGGCCCGCCUGGAUGCUUUAUAUAUUCUUCUUUAAGUGACCCAACCAUCGACUACGGAUUCCAAAGAUUGUCUAAGCUCAUUCCAAGGCAUCCUGGUGACCCCGAAAGGAUACCGAAGGAGGUUAUUCUAAAGCGAGCUGCAGACCUAGUAGAAGCAAUAUACGCCAUGCGCAGUCCGGUUCCUCAAUAUAUACCUUCGCCAUUACCAAUGAACGAAGCGAAAACGCCUAUUAUUUACGCUAGUGGCAACAGCCCAGGAAUGCAAGGACAUUUCAAUUUUGGCUCUACUAACAUCAUGAGGAAUGCACGGGAUGAGCCGAUGCAGACUGAAAACUAUAUGCAAGGUACAUAUAACGGUUUCGUUGAAAAAGACUACGACGAGAGUGAACGCGUCAGUAAAAAGCGCAUUCGUGACAAUCCGAGGCUGACUCUCAAUGUCUCACUUCCACACGUGAAUAGCCUCGCAACUGCCCAGUCGUCGUCUGCCCAAUACCAACAGCAAAACUUGUUUUCUCCUGCAACGGCUGGAUCAUAUGGCACAUCGGGACAAAUGAUGCCGCCGCAAUCAGCAGGAUUUUUGGUUUCUCAAACUGGACAAAAUGUAUAUUUACCUCCAACACCCAACAGUGUACCUGUAAACCAAUCGCACCCAUCAAGUGGCAACGUCUUUCAAUUUGGAACCACUGCAUUGUCUUCAAUGAGGCAGAAACAAAGUGCCUACAACCAGCUCAGUCCAGAUCCAUCACCAGUACCUCAAGACAUGAUCAAUGGAAGCUACAUCGUCGCUAGCUAAUGAAGAGCUAAAUAAAACAAAAGAAACUGUUAAAAAAUUAGCAGAGAUGGCCAUGUUAUUGCAUUUACAAUUUACUGUGAUGCACUUUGUAUAAAAAUCCGUUAAAAGUUCAAGGACAGAGCAAACACUUUUCAUCCCAGUAUCGCCUUUGAGCCUUGAAAAUUAUUCUCGUUAAAUACCAAGUUUAUGAUUUUGUCGGUAUGCCAGUAUUAGAGUUCAGUAGAUUGAAUAAAUUCAUCCCAGCUAAAAGCAAGAAAGAAAUAUAGAAAUGUCUCUAGCUCAUAGCAUUUACACUUCAACAUGCAAUUGUGACAUAGAUCCGUCAUUUUUAGAUAGUUUAAGCAUCAAACAGUUCUAAUAAGUAGCGAAGUCAAGCGUUUUCAAUGUAAAAUGUUUAUUCGAUACACCUGAAAUGAUAUCGGGUUGCAUAUAUUUUCGUUUUUAUUUUCACCACAUUGUACAUAAACACCUAAGUUAUUAGCCAGGCAUCUAUAGUUCGAAGAUUAAGGAACGUCCAAACCUUGAGUUAAAGUGUUUUUAAUUAUUUAUACAAAGAUUUGUAUCUUUAAUCGUGUUGCAUAGCUAUUUAUUUUGUUUAUUGUGUAUUUAUUUGAACAACUAUAUGAUGAUAAAUCGUCUGAGUGGAAGUCUGACUUUUUUAUCUAGGUAUUCUGCAAAUUCCAAUUUUGCGUCAUUUCUAGCUAAUGCCAUAAUAUCCAAUUGCAGAAUCCUUUUUUUACAAUUAUAUGAAGCCUCAAUAUUGUUUUACGAAGCUGUAAUAUUCAGCCAUACAUUUCCUCCCUGCUUAUAAAACUUUUCAAACUAGUGGCCGCCAUAAGUUUUUGUUUUGUAGUACAUACAAUGCUGCAUGACUUUAAUAUUUUUCCUAGGCCAACACGCUAUUUGGUAAAUUUUCCUGUUUGUAAUAAAAUGCUGUGAGCCUUUGCCUUUGCUAAGUAUACAGCCAUACGCACCCAUUGCGACGAUUUUACUUACGGCAGUCAGCGUGCCAAAUUUUGU